AUGCAGUGGACAGAAGUGGACCAGGAGCACCUGCAUCGCUUCUUGGAGAGCUUCACGAACCCAGACCCAUUGGUCCAGGCCUCGAACCUAGAACAGCUCCAAGCCCUGUCGGACUACCCAUCUGCAUUAGUGUCCACAAUCGCUGUAGUCUGUGAUGCGGCAGCCUCUGUCACUGUUCGGCUCUCUGCCACUACCGUGGCCCGCCAGCUACUGCGCUGCGGCGACCGCCUGCCACUCUAUCUCAGCGCUGCAGGGGAUGACCCAGAAACGGCGGCGCAGUCCAUGGCGGAGGUCCUCUUUGACGCUGCUCUCGGGGGCUCAUCCUCUCUAUCGUCGGCGACCACGGCACCACCACUACAGCGCGCCACAGCGAAUCUCGUCGCCUGCCUGCUAAGUGAGCUGGCUCACACAAGCCUGGCGGCAACCGCCACUGCAGUCUGGUCCCGCAUUAUAUCCUCUCUCCUCCAACGCACAGAUCCGGGCACGCUCAUCGUGAACAACGCAUUUCAAGGCGGUCGCUGGCACACAGCUCAGCGUGGGGCCCUGUGCGCUGCAUUGCUGCGCGCGAUAUGCGAGGCGCCCCUUUCCACGUCGAAGGUCCUGCGUGAACGGUUGGGCAGCCAACCAGCCGAGAGCUUGGCCCUCUGCUCCCUAUUCACCCAGCUGCUGCAACUUCUCGAAAGGGAGAUGGAGAUGGAGCAGGCCGCGAGCGGGCCUGCAGCGCGUUUCAAUGCGUUGUGGCUGGAGGAGACUCUCACUGCUUUCCAGGCCUGCAUGGAUUCUGGUCUUCUGCCUGGUGCGGACAGCAGCAGCACCGACUCGGAUGAAGGUCCUUCUAUGCGGGCACUGCGCACCGUGGGCACUGCAGUUGGCAAUGUUCAAAUCGCCGCUCAGGGCCUCCUCCUCCGUCAUAUACUGGGGCAUCUGGAGCCUUUGGACGGUCAGUGGGCUGACGUAGCUUUCCUGCGCGAGGUUCUUGUGUCUGCCGCUCCUUUCGUGGCGGUUGGCAUGCGGUACAUGGCCGACGCCGUCGCUCUCGAUGCUGUCCAUCCCCUUCACAGCGCCUUUCACACCACGGCAACUCCUCUGCUUGCGAACUUCUGCCAUGCGGCGUGCCUUGCUGAGCUCCAGUACGACGGUGCUGGUGAGUCAGAUAGCGUUCACGCCGCCGUCUUGGCCUGCAUAAACUACGUGACGGAGUGGAUGAAUACAGAGUGUGCGCAUCUCAGCGCACCUUCGAGCCGCCUUGCCGCGUUCUCGGCUCAUCCCUCGACGGUGACUGCACCAACAGAUGGCUACAUCUCCUGCCUCUACAGCAUGCUGGUAGAUGCAGCUACGCUUCCACCAUCCGUAGCUGAUGCGCUAGAGGAACACACAACACACCAACCGGACAGCGCCGCAGAUUUUCUGGUGAAGUCCGCCCCCGGGCGGCGCCGAGAGCCUCGCGGCAGUCACACGCGGAAAACUUGCGAUGAAUGGGCUUCGGUUGCCCCCGAAUCCGUAGAGGAAACGCGGAACGCGUCCGCAGUAGUGAUGCCAGUGAGGUGUGACAAACAGGAUGACACCUUACUUGCAGACGCGCUGGAAGUCACGCUACCGGACAACGGGACAUUACGGCAGGCCGUAGCCUGGUGUGCAGCUGGUCUCUCCUGCAACCAGGAGUGGAUGAUGGCGGUUGCACCUUUAGUCGUGCGCCCUGCAACAAUCUCUCCGCUUACAAGUCUCCCUGCAGCCUGCGCCGCAGAGUCCGCCUUGUUUGUGAGCAACGAGUUCCUCGAUGGUAUCCUCGCCGACGACGAAGUCAGCGCCUCCCUCGCUGCAACAACCCCUGAGCUGCUCGAGCAAAAUCUUGCAGCCCAAGUGCAGUCUAUCUUGAGCCUCCUCACCCCGCCAACACAAGAGGGCUUUGGCACUCGCGCUCCAUUCUUUGUGCGCAUUCAGGCUAUGAGGUAUCUUGGAAGGCUGGUGGUUGGCUUACUGGACGCAUGGCAGCACACUUCCAGCGCUGAUCACGUGACUCGAAGCAGGUCAGGUAUUGAAGAGCGUACCCACACGGUGAUGCUUGCAGUCGGUGGCCUGGAAAAACUGCUUGGCCUUGUCCUCGGUCGCCUGACCACGGAGGUGAGUAAAGCCGCUCAAGUGGAAUGUGUCAAGACCCUCAACUCCGCGCUUACCUCAUGCCUGAAGGUGAUGGAGCAGCUGAUGCGCAGUGCCGUGAACGGCGGUGAUGCAUCGGACUUCGAGGAAGAAUCUCUGGGCAGCACCAGCAGCAGCUGUGGCGAUAUGGAUGUCAGUGACGAAGGCGGCGAUGCACCUGGUCAUCUUUCGCACAGUGACCGCUGCAAACGUGCGCGCGUCUUUUGCCAGUCCUUCGGCGCCACGACGGACCUUUGCGCCGUUGUGGAGGUGUUGCGUGUUGUUUCUUCACACCUCCCGUCCUUCCAGUGGAGCGUCCGGCAAGCUGUGUACCACCUCUUCAGUGAAGCACUGCCCUCACUCUGGCGAACAGCACCAUUUGUGGAUUCCUUGUCUGCAAGCCAGGCAGAUGGCACCCACUCCGUGGCAUCGUACUCGACUCGUUUCGUCACCGCGCAGGUUUUGGAGGCGCUGGCCCAGCACUACGCGACACUCCUCCGCGGCUCUUCCCUUUCCGACAAUGCCUCUCCGAUGCUGGAGAUGGCGACGCUCCUGACGUCUAUGGCGGAUGUGACGAGUGCGAUGGAUGGUGAUGCACUGGAAAUGGUCGUACCGUGGAUCCUCCAAGUGGCACAUCACAUGCUCGACCUCUAUGCUCACUAUCUCACCCGUCGCGCACACUCCGAUCACUUGCCAACUGCUGACAGCGCAAGUGGGGUUGUGGACAUGACAGAUAUGUGCAUGGUGAGCCUCGAUCUUGUGAGCUGCGUGUGCGAUGGUGUCAUAGAUCGUGACGCACUUCUGGAGCUGCACCUACGGCCGAAAGAAGAUGGUGGGGCUUUCAGGGCCAUGGAUGCGCGUGUGAUGGCGCUUGCAACGUCGAUGCUCCUCCCUCCCGCCGCCAGCGGCAUCGGAUGUGAUGGCGCGCCCAGUAGCUGCAGUGGUGCUGAGGCACUCCCAAACCGUUGCAUGGCUCUUGUGGCCGCAUGUCAGUCACUGGCAGAUCAUCCAACCCAUGUCUCGGCAAGGCCAAACAGUGUGACUGCAGACGGUGCUGUCGAAGAUGAAGCGCUCUGUCUGUCCGAUGAGUUCGGUGACGUGCGCCGAGCCUGCUUCGCCAUCGUUUACGACUGUGUCUUCCUCGUCGCGUACCGCUCUUCCCUUUUUCGGCCUCUUGAUGUGGCUGUAGCGCCCGACACUGGGCUGGUGAGCACCCCAAGAUGUCUUUCCGACUCUCUUGGAAGAGAUCUCUUUGGGUUGUGCAUGCGCGAGGUGCUUCCCUCCAACACGCCUUUGUCUGUGACACGGAGUGCAGAGUACGCAGCGCACUUCCGCUUUGUCUCGGCCCACAACGCUGCAGCCUCCGAUGCAUGGCUGUGUUUGGGGUCUCUCUUGAGUCUUUGGGACCAGCAGCACUGGCAGAUGAGACGCAGCGCCGCGAGUGGUGCGCAGCCCACAUGCGAAGGCGAACGCGGCCCACGCUCAGUGUUCGACAUUCGCGGAUUGGAGUCCACCGCAGAGCUGCACUCGCAUUGUCUGCACACCCUGAACCAUCUCUUGGCCCUUCUACAAGACAAGAGAGCCACCGUCAUGUCCAACAUGAGGCUGAACAUGACCACCGCUGCCUGCGGUUUGGCAGUGCUGGUAUGCGACGCUGGUCGUUCGCACACCGAUUCUGGCGCACUGGCACCUGUGUGCCCUCUUCCCUUCGCCACCAUCUCUGCUACGUUUUCGGUGGCCGCCAACACUCGUAUACAGGAGUACGCUCCAGAUGCCUCGGACGGAGACCUGAGCGGUAUCAGCGAAGCUGCCCACGUGCUGUGGUGCCUCGGCCGCCUGUGGCAGGAGGCGGUACAACCGCUUCCUCAGGACGCUUUGUGCUCAUUUCUGCGCUCGCAUGGAAAGGAGACCACCAAGACGAUUUUGUGGUGGACGCGAUGUGUGUUUGAGGCGAAGAAGCAGCUGACGCUUGCUGGUCCCCCUGCGUCGGCGUCUGCCCUCUUCUGGGGGUCCCUUCUGGAGCUGUGGCGACCUGUCGCGCGCGCACUUGUGCAGGCUGCGAAAGGGAAAGCACUCUCACUGACCCAGGCGCAGCUCUCCGAGCUGGGUCACCUGGAGCGACUGUGA